CCUCAGUGCCAUGGGUUAGGAGUGGCCUCGGCAGUGCUGGGAUAAGGGUUGGGCUGGAUGAGCUUAAAGGGCUUUUCCAACCUGGUUGAUUCUAUGAAUAUAUAUAUAUAAUAUAUAAUAUAUAUUUUCCUCUAUAUAGGGCCCUCUGCUUUAUAUCAUAUCUCUUCUUGCUGGCAUGGUUCAUUACAGCCUGCUAAGCCAAGCAGUACCUGUCCUAAGUCAAUUCUUUAUUACAGAAGGCUUUCAGGCUGGUGAAGCAGUCCAGACGUUGGCAGUGCUGAGUCCUGAACACUGGGCUGUUGGCAAGAGCAGGCAAGGAGAAACACAAGGGACUGAGUCCAGGAGCACUUUCCCCUUGAGGUCUGUCUGUGCCAUUGCCUGCUGAUGUGCCUGUUCUAAGGGCAGCUGGAGGGACCCCCACUAACUGCUGUCCCCAGGGCCACUGACCGAGGAGUGUUCCCCAGGAAGCACAAUGAAGAUUGUGGUGGCCAAAGUGCUGUGUCUCCUGGGCAUCUGCGUCCUCAUGCUGGUGGGGUCCCUCCUUCCUGUCAAGAUAAUCGAGGCUGAUUACGAGAAAGCUCAUCGCUCCAAGAAGGUUCUUGCCCUCUGCAAUUCUUUUGGAGGAGGAGUCUUCCUGGCCACGUGCUUCAAUGCUUUGCUGCCUGCUGUGAGAGAAAAGCUCAGUGAAGUUCUUAGGCAGGGGAACGUGACCACGGACUACCCGGCGGCUGAGACCAUCAUGAUGGUUGGCUUCUUUGUGACGGUCUUUGUGGAGCAGCUCAUCUUGACUUUCCAGAAGGAAAAACCUUCCUUCAUUGACUUGGAGACCUUCAAUGCUGGCUCGGAUGUCGGGAGUGACUCUGAAUACGAGAGUCCUUUCAUCGCCUCAUCCCGUGGGCGCCCGUUGUACAGUGAGCACAGUCACCACUCGCAUGGCCUGAACAUCCGGGAGCUUUCCAGCUCCAGCCCCAUACGGCUCAUUGGCCUGGGGUUUGCUUUGUGUACACACUCCAUCUUCGAGGGACUGGCCCUGGGCUUGCAGGAGGAAGGUGGCAAACUCAUGAGCUUGUUCCUAGGAGUUGCCAUUCACGAGACGCUGGUGGCAGUGGCAUUGGGCAUCAGCAUGGCUAAGUCCUCCUUGCCACUGAAGGAUGCUGUGAAGAUGGCUGUGACAGUGAGCCUGAUGAUUCCUCUGGGCAUUAGCAUUGGGAUGGGGAUUGAGAGCACCCAAAACGCAGCCAGCAACAUUACUUCCCUGCUGCUGCAAGGCAUCGCAGGGGGCACUUUCUUGUUCAUCACCUUCUUUGAGAUCCUUGCAAAGGAAUUGGAAGAGAAGAACAACCGUCUCUUGAAGGUUCUGUUCCUGGUGCUGGGCUAUGCGGCUCUGGCUGGGCUGGUCUUCUUCAAGUGGUGAACACAGAAGCAAUGGGAAACAAACCUCACCUCCUUCCCUUGCAAAGAGCACCAGAGAUGAGCUUCUCUUCAGCCAAGGGGGAUGCUGAAGCUCAAUGGCUCAGUGAAACAUCACAGUCCAGGUGGUAUUUCCAUAUUGACCUAAAGAAGGAGAAUUUCUUCCUGUGUGCUCAGAGGGAGAUAAGGAUGAGGAGUGUCCCAGUGUAGGUGCCACAGGUAUUGUCCCUCCUCCCCGGAUCUGCAGGCACAGCAGCUUGUGAAGAGAUUAGUUGAGACAAACAUUAAGAAUCGGAUUCUAAGGCUGCCUUCAAGGAGCUCAUCAAGCAUGUGGUUUCCUGUUAAUCUGCGCAGCCAGCCCCCUCCCUCCUUCCCAUCACACUCGUUACACAAUCUGGGGCUGAGACUCUGCUCCCUUCACUCUUUGGCUCUGAGAAGGUGAGAAACAGUAACAGCGAUACAGUCAAAAGCAAGUGUGGUCAUGGAUUGCACAGCUGCACUAAGCUGCUUUUGCUAGCUUAGUUUUGAGCAAUGCCUGGUUGUGAGAGCUGCCAAAAAUCAUCCCUUCUGGGCCCGUGGUGUGCCUGGUGCCACAGCUCCCCCCAACAGAGCUUCCAUCCUAAUCCAUGGUGACUCAGGAGCUUUUGUUUUGGACUCAUUAAUGGACAAAAUGAGGCCAGGUCCCUGUCCUGUGUUUCAUUCUCCACAUCUCACCCAUAUGAUGAGCAUUCCACAAGGAAAACCUCCAGCAGAGUGCUAAUGUACCAUUUGGAAAUCUUCCUGUCCCUGUCCAAAGGCCUUUCUACAGCCUUCCUGCAGCCUGGGAUCCACUCGUGUGUGAGGAACGAGCAGCAGCAAUUUCCAGCACUGAUAUUUUAAGGGCAAAUGCUUGUGGUGGAAUGGGUUUAGCAGCUGCCCUCAGACGUGGGUUUGUGCUCCCUGCCCUCGUGGCUGGCAGGCUCACGUGCCUGCGCUGCAUUACAGAGGCUUUGCAAGGCCAGCUCGUUGGAGUCUUCCAAAGCAAUCUCUUCCCUUGGGCUUUAGGAGGUUGUGGAAGGGCUGAUGGGAGGCAGUGCGCAGGAGCAGCUCUCCCCUGGCUCCAGAGCACGGCUCCAGGGAGGCUCAGCACGCUGUGCAUCCUGUUGUGAUCACUGGAUUUACCCUCCUGGCUGAAGAGCUCAGAUCAGAGCCUGGAGCUGGGAACUUGGCCUCCCCGCUGCCUCCUGCUGCUGUGACAGGAGUGAGCCUUUCCUUCUGCAGCAGCUUCCACAGGCAGAGCAGAGCUCGUUGGAAGUGCUGAUGGGAUUAUAACGGGCUUAGCUGUGGUGCUGUCCCUGUUAGUGUGAUCCAAAGUGGGAAGAAGGAUGGGUGAGACUGUGAAACAGCAUCUUGGAGGCAGUGGUUGGCACAGCUGCAGCAUAUGGAGGCUGAUGAGACUCAUCUGAGCACUUCCUGGUGCUAGCUAUUUUAAUUGCUACAACAUACCAAAGUCAAUUAAUCUUGCUUUGAAAAACCUGGAGUGCCAGGGGGAAGGGAGAGUUAUUUUAGGCCUCAGAUGGCAUAAGUGAGCAGGGCCUGAGGAGAACAUAAUAGGCCUGGAUGUGAUAAAGCUCUGUGUUACUUCACUUCUGCAGCCAGCUCACGUGGGCAGCGUGGCUCCUCUCGGGGGUCUCAGUGCUGGUGGCUGUCCUGGGACGCUUGCUGUGGGAGCACAGCGCUGACUGUCCCUCCUUGGGCACAGCCACUGUGGCUCUUAGUCGCUUGUAGGUGCUUUUUCCUAUACUGAGUAAAUGGAUGAAGGCCAGAAGGCAGGUGUAUCCCAGCACCCCAUUUCCCCUCUUCAUCUUCCUCAUCCUUCCUUGGGCCUGGCCCCAUCUGCGUUCAAGGGCUGAGGUACUAAAGCCAAGCCAAGCUGUUGAUGUGAGAUUUCUUAACCUGUGCCCAAGAGAUCAGUAGGGAUCCACUACUGGGGGCUGGGAUCAUGGAUCCCCCCAGCCCUCUCUGGGUCUGGGGUCAGUGUGACAGUUAGGGGCCAGGCUGGAGCCUCAGGUUAACACCCUUCUUCAGGUGGAGCUGGCAAGGGGGCUGAGCUGUCCCCCCUGUUCCUGCUACCCCGGAGGGGUUUAUUCACCUGUGAGUAGCAGAGUCCCAUGUUCCUGGGUUGGUUUAGGGGCAGAGGAGGACGAGCCCUAUCUGCUGCUCCCAAUAAAGCCUCUGGCCUCCA